AUUCCUGUCAGCGGCGGCGGCGGCGGUGGCGGCGGCCGUCAGUGUUCGUUGAGGAGAAGCCCGACACGGACCCGUCGUCUGUCCCCUUCCCCUUCCCCGCCUCGGACCUUCUUCUGCGUCGACUCCCCGGGGAUCCGUUCUCCAGCUCGUUGGAGUUGCCCUCCGCUCGGCCACCGCUUCGUCGCUCCUCGGCCCGGGGGGAAGUGACUGCCCUCGAGGAGGAGAGGAGGAGGAGGAGGAGGAGGAGGCGGCAGCCGCCCUCGCCUAGCCGCCCCCGGUUCGGUGCCCGCGGUCCCGGAGAGGAGGUGCCGCCGCCACCGCCGCUCCCCCCCUCCCGCUGCCCUCGGGCCGGGCUGGGUCGAGCUGCGAUGCCCUCGGACUUCAUCUCCUUGCUCAGCGCGGACCUAGACCUGGAGUCGCCCAAGUCCCUGUACUCGCGAGAUUCUCUGAAGUUACACCCAUCACAGAAUUUUCAUAGAGCUGGACUAUUGGAAGAAUCUGUCUAUGAUCUUCUCCCAAAGGAGUUACAGUUACCUCCACCUAGAGAAACAUCUGUAGUGUCAAUGAGUCAGACAAGCGGUGGUGAGGCAGGCUCGCCUCCUCCAGCUGUAGUCGCUGCUGGAUUUGCCUCUGAAGCAGGGAGUGUCUGCAUUAAAAAUGACCUGUAGUUCUCUGCUUCAUAGAUGCUUCUUCAGCUCCCUCCUCUUCCUCCAUGGGCGGUGCUUGCAGCUCCUUUACCACCUCUUCCAGCCCUACCAUUUAUUCUACCUCAGUCACCGACAGCAAGGCUAUGCAAGUGGAGAGCUGCUCCUCAGCCGUGGGGGUAAGUAACAGAGGGGUAAGUGAAAAGCAGUUAACCAGUAACACAGUUCAGCAGCAUCCAUCAACCCCGAAGAGGCACACAGUUUUGUACAUCUCACCACCACCUGAGGACUUGCUGGAUAACAGUCGGAUGUCCUGCCAGGAUGAGGGGUGUGGAUUGGAAUCUGAGCAGAGCUGCAGUAUGUGGAUGGAGGAUUCCCCCUCCAACUUCAGUAACAUGAGCACCAGUUCCUACAAUGAUAACACUGAGGUACCUCGUAAAUCACGAAAACGAAAUCCAAAGCAGAGGCCGGGGGUCAAACGACGAGAUUGUGAAGAAUCUAAUAUGGAUAUAUUUGAUGCCGACAGUGCCAAAGCACCUCACUAUGUGCUUUCUCAGCUUACCACGGACAACAAAGGCAACUCAAAAGCUGGAAAUGGAGCAUUGGACAACCAAAAAGGAACUGGAGUAAAGAAGAGUCCUAUGUUGUGUGGACAGUAUCCUGUUAAAAGUGAGGGGAAAGAGCUGAAGAUAGUUGUACAGCCUGAGACCCAGCACCGAGCGCGGUACCUGACUGAGGGCAGCCGUGGCUCAGUAAAAGAUAGAACACAGCAAGGCUUUCCCACAGUAAAGCUGGAAGGUCAUAAUGAACCAGUAGUGUUGCAGGUGUUUGUGGGCAAUGAUUCUGGUCGAGUGAAACCACAUGGAUUUUACCAGGCCUGUAGGGUAACUGGACGAAACACAACUCCCUGCAAAGAAGUGGACAUUGAAGGUACCACUGUUAUAGAAGUUGGUCUUGAUCCUAGCAACAACAUGACACUGGCGGUGGACUGUGUAGGGAUAUUGAAGCUGAGGAAUGCCGAUGUUGAAGCCCGAAUAGGAAUUGCUGGCUCCAAGAAAAAAAGCACUCGUGCCAGAUUGGUUUUUCGAGUUAACAUCACGAGGAAAGAUGGCUCCACUUUGACAUUACAGACACCAUCUUCCCCCAUUUUGUGUACUCAGCCAGCUGGAGUGCCAGAGAUUUUAAAGAAAAGCCUACAUAGCUGCUCAGUGAAAGGAGAGGAAGAAGUGUUUUUAAUUGGGAAGAACUUUCUGAAAGGAACUAAAGUUAUUUUCCAGGAAAAUGUUUCUGAUGAAAACUCUUGGAAGUCAGAAGCUGAAAUCGACAUGGAAUUGUUUCAUCAGAACCAUCUUAUUGUGAAGGUUCCUCCAUAUCAUGACCAACUUAUAACUGUGCCUGUAUCGGUGGGAAUAUAUGUUGUGACCAAUGCUGGUAGAUCUCAUGAUGUUCAGCCAUUCACUUACACUCCAGACCCAGCAGCAGCUGGAGCUUUGAAUGUAAAUGUGAAGAAGGAAAUAUCUAGUCCAGCAAGACCUUGUUCUUUUGAAGAGGCCAUGAAAGCAAUGAAAACUACUGGGUGUAACUUAGGUAAGGUGAGCACUCUUCCUAAUGCCCUGAUCACCCCACUCAUAUCAAGCAGUAUGAUUAAGACUGAAGACAUUACUCCAAUGGAAGUAACAGCAGAGAAAAGAUCUUCCCCUAUUUUUCAGACUACAAAGACAGUUGGAUCAACUCCGCAAACUUUAGAAAAUAUUUCUAACAUAGCAGGAAAUGGGUCUUUCUCAUCACCGUCAUCUUCCCACUUACCUUCUGAAAGUGAAAAGCAGCAGCAGCUUCAGCCCAAGGCAUACAACCCAGAGACUCUGACAACCAUCCAGACACAAGACAUCUCACAGCCUGGAACCUUUCCAGCAGUCUCUGCCUCUAGUCAGCUGCCCGGCAGUGAUGUACUACUACAGCAGGCUACACAGUUUCAAACACGAGAGGCUCAGUCUAGAGAAGUAUUGCAGUCAGAUGGUACAGUGGUUAAUUUGUCACAGUUGACUGAGGCAUCGCAACAGCAGCAGCAAUCUCCGCUCCAAGAACAAGCACAGACAUUACAACAGCAGAUUUCAUCAAAUAUCUUCCCAUCACCGAACAGUGUGAGUCAGCUCCAGAGCACUAUUCAGCAGUUGCAAGCAGGAAGUUUUACUGGCAGUUCUGCUGGUGGCAGCAGUGGAAGUGUUGACUUGGUUCAACAGGUUUUAGAGGCACAACAACAGUUAUCUUCUGUUUUGUUUUCUGCUCCAGAUGGUAAUGAGAAUGUUCAAGAACAGCUUAGUGCAGACAUUUUCCAACAAGUCAGUCAAAUUCAAAAUAGUGUAAGCUCUGGGAUGUUUUCUUCAACAGAGCCUACAGUCCACAGCAGACCAGAUAAUUUAAUACCCGGAAGGGCUGAAAGUGUCCAUCCUCAGACUGAAAACACCUUGUCUAAUCAGCAGCAGCAACAGCAGCAGCAAGUGAUGGAACCGUCAGCUGCAAUGGUGAUGGAGAUGCAGCAGAGUAUUUGCCAGGCAGCGGCCCAGAUUCAGUCAGAAUUAUUUCCUUCCACUGCUGCAGCAAAUGGCAACCUCCAGCAGUCUCCAGUCUACCAGCAGCCUUCUCACAUGAUGAGCGCACUGUCUACCAAUGAGGACAUGCAAAUGCAGUGUGAACUGUUUUCUUCUCCCCCUGCAGUUUCUGGAAACGAAACUUCAACGACCUCCACACCCCAGGUUGCAACCCCUGGCUCUUCUAUGUUUCAGACAUCAAGUUCGGGAGAUGGAGAAGAAACUGGAACACAAGCCAAACAGAUUCAGAACAGUGUCUUUCAGACCAUAGUCCAAAUGCAACAUAGCGGGGACAGUCAACCCCAAGUAAACCUUUUUUCAUCUUCAAAAAGUAUGAUGAGUGUUCAGAAUAGUGGUACUCAGCAACAAGGUAACAGUCUGUUCCAGCAGGGGAAUGAGAUAAUGUCACUUCAGUCUGGGAAUUUCUUGCAGCAGUCUUCUCAUUCACAGGCUCAGCUCUUUCAUCCUCAGAAUCCUAUUGCUGAUGCUCAGAACCUUUCCCAGGAAACUCAAGGCUCAAUUUUUCAUAAUCCAAACCCUAUUGUCCACAGUCAGACUUCCACAGGGUCCUCUGAACAAAUGCAGCCUCCAAUGUUUCACUCUCAGAGUACCAUUGCUGUGUUACAGGGCUCUUCAGUUCCACAAGACCAGCAGUCACCCAACAUAUUUCUUUCCCAGAGUCCUAUGAAUAAUCUUCAGACUAACACAGUAGCCCAAGAAGAACAGAUUUCGUUUUUUGCAGCUCAGAACUCAAUUUCUCCACUUCAGUCAGCAUCAAACACUGAGCAGCAAGCUGCUUUUCCACAGCAGCCUCCAAUCUCACACAUCCAGACCCCUAUUAUUUCCCAAGAGCAGGCACAACCCUCUCAGCAAGGUUUAUUUCAGCCUCAGGUGUCCCUGGGCUCCCUUCCGCCUAAUCCAAUGCCUCAGAACCAGCAAGGAGCAAUUUUCCAAUCACAGCACUCAAUAGUUGGCAUGCAGAGUAACUCUCCAUCCCAGGAACAACAGCAGCAGCAGCAGCAACAACAACAACAACAGCAACAGCAGCAGCAGCAGCAGCAGCAGCAGCAGCAGCAAAGCAUUUUAUUCAGUAAUCAGAAUACCAUGGCUACAAUGGCAUCUCAAAAGCAGCCACCACCAAACAUGAUGUUCAGCCCAAACCAAAAUCCCUUGUCUAAUCAAGAGCAACAGAACCAGUCCAUUUUUCGCCAGCAAAGUAGUAUGACCCCAAUGAAUCAAGAGCAGCAGCCUAUGCAAUUUCAGAAUCCGCCUACAGUUUCCUCACUUCAGAACCCAGGUCCUGCCCAGUCUGAGUCAGCACAGACCUCUUUGUUCCAUAGCUCCCCUCAGAUCCAGUUGGUACAAGGGUCACCUAGUUCUCAAGAGCAGCAAGUAACACUCUUCCUCUCUCCAGCAUCCAUGUCUGCAUUGCAGACCAGUAUAAACCAACAAGACAUGCAGCAGUCUCCUCUGUAUUCCCCUCAGAACAACAUGCCUGGAAUCCAAGGAGCUACAUCUUCACCCCAACCACAGGCUUCUUUAUUUCACAACACCACAGGAGGUGCAAUGAACCAACUACAGAAUUCUCCGGGCUCAUCUCAGCAGACUUCAGGAAUGUUUUUAUUUGGCAUUCAAAAUAUUUCUGAUCUUGUUGUCUCUGCAGACUGUAGUCAGCUUUUAACCUCCGGACCAGCUACAUUGCCAGAUCAGCUGAUGGCCAUAAGUCAGCCAGGCCAACCACAAAAUGAGGGUCAGUCAUCUGUGACAACACUUCUUUCUCAGCAAAUGCCAGAGACUUCUCCACUGGCAUCCUCUAUGAACACCAACCAGAACAUUGAAAAAAUUGAUUUGCUUGUUUCAUUGCAAAACCCAGGGAACAAUUUGAGUGGCUCCUUUUAACUAGAUGUAAAUUCUAUGAAGAAAAUAAUCAAAAUUCCGUGAUGUCCUGAGGUGUUAUGGUUCCAUGAAGAUUACUGAACUGUUACUAUAAAAGCAAAACAAAAUCUGAAAAACUACAUCUGAGGAAAUGGAUAGAUUUUACUCUUGACUGUAAAAGAGUACAGCCACACUGCCUGUUGCAGUGAUUAACCACCAAUGUUAACAUCAUGGCUUUUUAAAAUUUCUUAUAACAGUGAUGACUGAGAAUCUGUUUGAUUUUCCAGCUAUUUUCCUAGGAGCAAUUUCUUUAAAAGUACAGGUUAAAUUCAAGACUGGACUUCUCAGUUGUUACUGCUAUUAGAAAAUAAUAUUUGUCAUGUUUACUUAUGUUCUCCCUGUUUUCUUUCCUGCAUUAUUUUUACUCAAAUAAUAGCUUAUGACAAAGUUUGGUAAUAACUAAGACUGUGAUUUUGUCAGUGUGUAAAGUGUGGCCAUUGGCCAAAGUGAAGGAAUGUUUUUCAGUUUGUGUGGAGAAACUGAAGGGGUUGCUUUCUGACAAAUAAGCUGUAUUGAGACCUCCACCAGAUAAGAGGACUCUUCAAAAACACAAAGGCAGAUGACGUACUUCAAAACUGGGGACAGCUGGAAUGUUAGCAACUUUAUGUUUUAGGGAGUUGUUAGUUCUCUGUUUCUACUAAGGGGUUUAGCCAUAACUGUGCAUAAAAAUAGUUUGCUAUAUGAAAAAAUGAAGUGGGUAACAGAUGGCAAACUAAGUUCUCAUGCCCUCCUACAGUAGUUUAAACUGACAAAGUAAUUUGAGUCUGUUUUCUUCUUGCCCAGCAUUAGACUGGUGGUAUUACUUUUUCUGCUUAUCUGUAUUAUUUUCCAUAUUUUUUUUCACUUUUAGACAACUAUUAAUAUACUACUGUCUUUAUGACCCUGUAGCAGCUUAAGAGAAGGUGGCCACUUUGAUCCAGGGUGACCUAUUCAGCAGCACAGGGCCAGGAGUACUCUUAGGAAUUGCUGGGAGUUGAUUCCUGAGAAAAAAGCAGUGCUUUUCUCUUCCCCUCCCCACCCCCGCAAUGAACGGUGCUGUUCUGAGGUCUUCAAAUUUUUCCCUCUAAUAGAAAACAGUAUAAAUAUUCAUUUUACAAACAAGGCAAACAAACAAAACCAUACUUCUCCCUGAGCUGCAGUGACUAUAAUUCACUUGUCACCUCAGUGCUUUACAGUUGAAGUGGUCACUUACUUGAUGGUUCCCACAAGCCUUAGGCUUUACAGGGUCAUGUCAUUGAUUUAAAAGGAAGAAUUAACUUGUGUUACAUUUACAAAGAGCAAAAUAACACACUCCAGAACUUGCACUUGUAGCAUUAGUGAUAGUUUUGGGUGUUCCUGCCACCCAUGGGAUGCCUGCUUCUAACUACCACCUGUGUCUGGACACAUGCUUCUGUCUCCUUUUCCUCUUGGCAUGUGGAAGGCUGUCAAUGCAGUGUAAGGCCAACGUGUGGCUUCUGUGUGUUGAGAUAUUUUGGUACCCUGUCCAUUCCGUUCACUUGCUAAAUGUGUGAACGUUAGCCUGUUGAUGGCUGUUGAAGGCUGCAUGUUGUCGUUUCAUCCUCUUUUCACUUCCCCCAUCCUAUCCAUCUUGUUGGGCUGUGUGGAGUCCUGGUGUUGGUUUUGUUUCUAUAGCCAGGUGUUCCCCUUUCUGUGAUGUCUUCCUUUGGUCUUUGGAUGUGUUGUUCUUGUUUCUUGUUUUCUCUCUCUCUUUAUUCUCAUUCUUUCCUCUACCCCAGCCCUCUCUUUAUUUCUCUCUCUGAGAGGCAUUGAAUUACGUUUUCAGUAGUACAGGCUUCUUGCCGAUAUGAAGGGAACUUUUCAGAAAGAGACCUACUCUGGGUCAUUUAAUUUUGAAUACAGUUUUCAAUCGUUCAAGUUUUGGAUGGUUUAUAUCUAAUGUGUGUUUCAUUUUUUUGGAAAGCUAUAUUUUGUAUUUAGGAAAUGGUAUACUAUUUUGCUAUUUGUACUGAGUGAGUACAUUGGCAUAAAUAUAGAAAUUUAUAUAUAUACAUAUAUAUAAACUAUUCUUUUUUGCCACACAUUUUUGUGGUAAAUUUGUGAGUUUGUCUGAUGUUCUACCACAACGUGGCGUCUGAUAACAGUGAGGGGGGGGUUUGUUAUGUCUUUAUUGAGUAUUUAAGUACCUUUUGAAACAAAUGACCUGUUCAUCUGUACCCAUUCCACCAAGGCAGUUCCUUGAUGUUAUUAGUGAGCUAAAGGCAACUUACUGUGUGUUUGCUGGAUCUUUCACUCAGCAAGAUGUUAAAGAGUAGGGAAACCUAUUGAGGCAGUGUGUUAUAUGGUGUUUCACAAGAAUGAGCCACUCUGUCUUUGUUCACUAUAUAUUUAAUAUUUUAUUAUUGUUAUUGUUGUAAUUAAUUGGCUUUCUGUAUCCUAUGCCUUUUAUUUAUAAAGACACUAAAAAAUGUUUGUAAUUUUAAUAACAUUUCCCCCAUCUUUUAAUAUCCAGAACUACUUUAUAAAUUCUCUAAACCAAAAGUAUUUUCCUCAGUAUUUCUCUUCUCCCCCAGUCUCUAUAGGAACAAAUUGCCCAAUAUAGUUCAGGUUAUAAGACAGGUCAGCCACACAAUCCAGUGCUUCAGUUUUAAAAUGUAAAACUAACCCUAGAGGGUUAUCUGAAGUAUCAGAGAAAGCAUGGUAGCAGGUAUUAGAAAAGCAAAAAGUAGACAUUUAAAAAAGUACACUAACUUCUGAAUUAUUUUCUGAGACUGUGUAGAAGACCAAGAUCUAAUUAGAAUGUUUGUUAAGACUGCUAUGGAUGAAUUGGCAGCAAGGAGUCUGGCUUGUGUGGUGACUUCUGUUUGCUCUGUACUAGAGGCUUAUCCUUAGAAAAUGCUGAUUGGCAGUGCCAAGUGACCGGGACCAAUUUUCUGUUCAUAAUGUCUAGGUUUAGAAGAGAGUACCUGAACUGUAGUGGUUUGAGUGGAUGGAGGCAGAAAACCCAAUUUUUAGUCUCAUAAAUUUUGUGGUUAGCUAUACAAGGGCUGCACUGUGUAUGCUACCGUAUUCCUGUUCAGCAAAGAUCAGGGUUUAUUUGGUUUUUACAUAGUUAAAUGUUACUCACCCCUAAAGGUCAAUGCUUAAGUACAAUGUUCUGAAUAUUGAUCUGGUUACAAAAAGUAUUUGUCUUCUUAAUGGAGAGUUAGCUCAGUGGUUGAUACUUGUGCUAAUAAUGUAGUUUCCCAGUGACUGUUACAGGUUACAGCUACAUUUGGGAAAGCUCAGUGAGCCAGCAAAGACCUUGGAAACAAUUUAUUGCAUUUAUUUCUGGCAGAAGGACCUAAAUAAACUGUGAACCACAUUUCAUUUUUUUUAAUAUUGUUACAUCUAGUUCUGACUUUCAGCAUCUCACACAAAUGCUUGGAGCUUAUCUGUCCUAUUCACUCUCCCUCGCUUACCCCCCUCCCCCCGGCCGCCCAGUGUAUAUGGGUGUUUUUGUGUGCGUGCAGUGAGAACAUGCUGCUCCCUCUGGUCAUUCCAUUGCAUAGCCACACCAACAGGACACAGAUAAUUUGCUCCUGCACUUCAUCAUGCACCUUUCUGAUUAUAUCAUGUUGCUAUUUAGCCAAUGUAAAUCUCUUGCCCAGUCUCCUUAGAACAGCCUUUUAAAGGGCUUUAUUAUAGAAGCAGUAUUAAUGAGGGGCCUCUCUCCUUCCCACUCUUCCACCCUUCCUUGCCUCUUUUUGGUAAUAUCAUAUGUUAUAGUUUAGAAUUUCAUUAUAGAAUGAAAGAAUUUCAUUUUUUGCCUAUCAGAAUCUUGGCUAAUCUACCAGGAAAAAUAGUCAGUGGACAUAAGGAAGAAGUUGUACUUAGGUCUCUUCAGAAUGAAAGUAAUUGCUUUUGACCUUUUUUAAUAUUUAUUUUUAUUUUUCAAAUGAGGUCUCAACUGUGCUGCCCAGGCUGCCUUUAAACUCCUGAAUCCCAGUAGUUUUCCCAUGUCAGCCGCCCAAGUGGUGAGACUACAGGCAUGAAACACCAUAAAAUGCCCUUUGGACAUUUUAAACUAUUUUAAACGCCUCUUUGGGAAGAAGGAAGUCUGUUAGAUGUACCGACAAAAAAGAACCACAAUAAGUCAGCUUAGUAAUUCUUAAAUCAGCAUAGAUCUAAAUAUUCACUGGGAUUUACCUGAGAGUUUUUUCAUUUUUCUGAUGAGAUGUUCUGUUAUACUUGUUUCCUGUUUUGGGUUUUGUUUUUUUUUUUUUUUUUUAAUUAGUUGAAAAUUAUGCAAUACCUAUUCACAUUACUCCACAUCCUGAGCAUAGGCUUCAUCUCUAACCAAGACAACCAUUUUGUAUCUCUAUGUCUUUGGCUAUUUGGAAGGGCCCAAUGAAAGAGAAAGACUGUGAAAUUCAGCAAAUGUAUUUAGGCUCUGGCCUGGGUGUGGCUCUGUGGUAGAGUGUUUGUCUAGCAUGUCCAAGACCCUAGGUUUGGUCCCCAGCACCACCUAAAGGGAAAGAACCAGGUACAGACCCUAGCCAUGAACUAGCAGGCUCAUAACACGUUAAGAGUUUUUCCCUUUUGCCUGCUUUUUCCCACUAAAGCUAAAUUGUGGAGAUAAUGUUCAUAAUGUAGUAAAUCACAGAAUAAUAUCUAUAGUAUCACAAUUGAAUAUCAGUACUCAGAUUACUUUCUAAGUCUCUAUUUUCAUGCCAUUAAGCCUUGUUUAUUAAUAAAAUUCUGUUUUUACUGUACUUACUCUUUCAGGCAAUUUUCUACAUUAAUAUUUUAUAUGUAGAUUAAGCAUUUAUGGAAAAGUGCCUUUUUUACCAUGACAGUGCCCCCAUCUUAUGUCCACCUUUCACUAUUGCCAAACACAUUUUAGCAACUGGUUUUAACAGGUCCCAACUUGUACUUUUUCUAUUUCAUCAUCCUCGUCUCCGUUUCUUGGUCACUGUAGAAGACAACUUUAUCAGUUACUUUGACUUAAAAACAACAGAGUAAGUGUUUUGCCAGAAUUCUUUGGGAAGAGUAAGUUUAUACUGUUCAGGCUUAUAUAGAUCAACUAUACUUUUCUCCAAACAGCUACUGAUGGGUCUGACCUGAAUACUAAUGGAAAUUUUGUUGUGUGUUACUCCUUGCACACAAAAGUGUGUUAAAUUUCAUGGAGGGGCUAUUUACAGCAUCUUUUCUCAUCUUAAUUAGCUGGAUGAAACAUUGGUUCUCUAAUACCUGGUAAUGUUGGUUUUCCUAAGUGGGGCAAAGUAGUUGGUAAUAGGUAUAUUUCUUCUCUGUCAGAACCUUAGUUGAUUGGCUUAGGAAAACUUAGUGUCCAAAAAAAAAAAAAAAAAGAAGUUAUUUUGAGUCCUUAGGAGACUAAGGUAAUUUCUUAGUACCAAAUGCAGUUGGAUUGAGUGUCCAGUUUUGUCCAUUUGUUUCUGAUCUAGCUCCUUAACCAAAAGGUGGUGCUUGAAGACAGGGCCAUCAGCCACAGAUCAAGGACAGUGGUAACUUAACUUUGGGGUAUAGCUGCGUUCCCCCAUGCAGGUAUUUUUGUGACUGUUAGUGGCACUGAAGACAGCAAACAUUUAUGCAAUAUUCUUAAUACCCUAUUAUGCACUUUAAUCAUUCCAAAGACACCAAGAUUACUAUCUAGUCAUGGUUCCUUAAUGAUAUAGCUUAACUCUUCAGAAUACUAUAUCUACUUUGAUUUUGGAUAGCUGUCUUGGUAUAACUGUUAGUGGCUGCUUUCUAAAAUGACUUGGUGCAAGUGUUAAGUUGCUGUUUUCUAAAGGAUUCCAGACUUUGAACUGUAGUUCACUACAGGGGAAAUGAGUAUACUUUAGCAAAUCAUUUUAGAAACAUUAAAAUGUUUGACUUACUAAUUGGUGUAUUGGAGAGUUAAUUAGAACCAACCCCCUUCCUGUGUAUUUUGUGUCACGUAUAUAAGAAUGCUGUAGUACAUUGUUUCAACCCUUGUGGUUUAUGUAAACCAGUGAUCCUCCAACUAUGGUUCUCCGCCCACCAGCUAGCAUCAGUGUAAGCAGGAAACUAGUUAGAGACGCACAUUCUUGGGCAUUAGCCCAGACAGGCUGAAUCACAAACUCUGGAGAGGGGCCCAGCAAUCUUUUUACUAAGUCCCCCAGGUGAGUCUGAAGUUUGAGAGCCACAGGUAUAAACUGUAUCUAGUGAGAGCCAGAAAGUUUCUUUUCCCACUUACUCCUUAUUCGUUACAUAAAGUCAGCCUUACCCGGUUAUCUGUAAUCAUUCAUUGUUGAUAACGAUAAUUUCUUCUCAGUACUGCCUAAGAAAUGCGUAUGUUUGUAUAUACAGUUAGUGUAGCUCUCAGUAAUUCAGUUAACUUAGCCUGGCAUUUUCCUACCACUGACUAAAAAGUUUACAUUAAAUGAUUUAAAUAUAUAGGUGCAAUGUUCUAUUCUUUAAUUGUUGUGACAUUUAAGUAGCUAAUAUAAUUGAUGGGUGCUACAGUCUCCUGUUUAUCCAUAACACAAGUACAUUGUGGGCAGUGUAAUACAAGCUUUCUCUUCAUUGCCUCUUCAUUUACCAGCAGACCAUAAUUUUGCUCUGGCUAGACCAGCUCUGCAAACAGAAUUAAUCAUUCCUUAUCAAUCUGUGUAUCUGAGAUAGCAAAUAAGAUAGCUGGUCAGGCCAACAUAGCACCUUAUUUAAUUUCUUCUUUUACUAUAUAAGAAUUCUUUAAAAGUAGCUUGCGUGCCAUAAGAAUGUUACAGUAGAGAGAUAGCCGGCCUUGGAACUUAUGCUUCAGAUUAAGUUAUUUAACAACAUACUAAAUAAGGCAGUGCAUUUUAUAACUUGGGUACUUCUCCCUUUUUGGUGUACGUGCAUCAUAAUAAAUAUAAAGUAGGUUUGUUCGUUUUUAUUUCCUUAUAUAUUCAGCACUUCCAUAACGAUUCUAUUCUUCCUUCCACUGUUUACAAAUCACUAAUUAGUUAACUCAUGAGAGGAAAAAAUUCACUUUUCAGAAUAAAAAUCAAUGAAUGCUUGCUUCCUGAAAAUCACUGCUGGUUUCCUUACCUCUAGCAGUGGAAGUGGCUUACUCUGCAAACUUGGUGCUGGCAAGUAAGUAGGCACAUUAUUGGCAAUGCUCAAGUUCUUUUCCUCCUUCCCCAUCCCGUUCCCCAUUUGAUUGCAUCAUAUAUCCUGUACCCGGAGCACCCUGCCACAAUUCAACCCCAAUUUGGAACACCUCCUUUAAAAAUCCUGUAUCUAACUAUGUCACCCUUUCCUGCUUACACUUACCCCUACUCCCCAACCCCCUGAACCCACCCCGGAAGUAAAAUCUGCCUGGUUUGUAGAGAUUGCCUAGUGUUGUCAUUUUAGCUAAUGAACCUCAGGACAACAUACACUCACACGCAGGAUCCCAUAUGUCUGAGAGUAGGUUUGGAAUCAGACUUCCCGAACUAUCCUGGCUAGAGUGAUAGCUCAGUGGUAGGGCCCUUGCCUAGCAUGCUGCACAAGGCCCUAGGUAGGUUCAAUCCCCAGUACCAAAAAAAGGAACUGUCCUGCACUGAAAUGAUUGUGACUUUGCUUGGUAGAGACCUCUUGCAAUGAAAUUGAGCUAAUUUCUUUUGAUCUAAUGAAUGUAUCUGCUCACCUUGUUCCUUCUAAUGAUAAGCUCCAAGUGGUUCUACUUUUUGGGCAACUUUACUGAGUCUCUUACUUCAUGUUUUUUUAAGUAACUUCAAAUAUUUCAUUAACCUGUUCUCACGUGAUUUAGCUACCAUUCUGCCAUUUAAAGUUUUGAUUUAAUUUUACUUGCUUGAGCACACUGACCAACCGCUGAACUGCCUUCUUCCAUUGUCCUGCAAUGAUGUAAGAGUUCCGUUUUGUGAACAUGGCUUUGUAGUCGGGAUUUCAGAGCACUGACAGCAGAAUGUUUUCAGUUUGCUCUCCGGGGGAUUUCAUUUGCAUCUGUGUUUUUAGCUAUCUGUGAUAACUUGUUAAAUAUUAAAAGGAUAUUUUGCUUCUAUUGGAACAUUUGUAUACUCGCAAUUAUAUUUCUGUAAACAGCUGCAGUCAAAAAUAAAACAUUGAAAGUUUUCAUUUUGCA